CUUGGAGUCAAUCGUAAUCACGCUUUGUCUUGUUUUUUCCACCACGUCGUACGUGUUCCUUAUGCGUGCAGAGUUAGAGGGUGGAGUCUAGACGCUUGCUCUUUCCUUUCCGAGCAAUGCGAAGGUUUCAGUUGUUUGUGGCUCUUCUCGUUGUUUACCUCGGCGACACAGCCAUGUCUGCACCGCCACCCUUCACUGCUCCCUCCGACCAGCCACUCAGAUUGCAGCCCUUGAAACGUGCUCGGAUUGGACGCGGCCCCGGAGGCUACCUCAAAAUAUCCGAUGGCAGACCGUCAUCCCAUCAUUGCCGCACAGGAUGGCACCGAGCCGCCCCCUGAAACGCCCGCCGUCCCUAUCACCGAGCAGGAAGUGGGCGAGUACAGAGAGCAGGACAGAUUCCUACCCAUCGCCAAUGUUUCGCGGAUCAUGAAAGCCUCGGUCCCACCCACCGCGAAGAUAGCCAAAGACGCGAAGGAAUGCGUGCAGGAAUGUGUCUCCGAGUUCAUUUCCUUCAUCACUUCUGAAGCAGCGGAGCGCUGUCUGUCCGAGAAGCGAAAAACCAUUGGUGGGGAAGACAUCCUGUAUGCCAUGUCGACGCUGGGCUUCGACAACUAUGCCGAGACGUUGAAGAUUCACCUCGCGAAGCUGAGGCAGAAUGGGCCGUCUGGGUCGGGGGGACCACGAGCAGAGCAGGCAAUCGAGCCGCGUCCAGAGGAAUAGCGCCUGUCCCUUCUCUUAUGUACACAACGCGUCUAGACGCUCAGUAUUUAUUGGUUAGUCUAUUGGCUACUGCGGUUGUACUUUCGUGACCAAGGAAAGGUCAUUCCCAAAGGAGCUGGGCCAGUUUCCAGACCUUCAUCACACCGGUUCCGAUGCUGACAAGUUGAGUAUGAUCCCCUGACACUUGACAUCGGACAGACAAUCGAACUCACUUUCUCGACGCGACUGUGUCUAGAGGAACCCAGGCAGUGCAGGGUUCACUCAGAGCAGGGUUCAACUUCUUCGCAGAUUUUUUGAUCGGGAGAACACCAGCAGUGGUCGAGGCCAGAGUGGGGGGAUUCGAUAGGCCCUCGAGAAGGACCCAUUGCACUCUGUACGUUUUCUUGAUAUGCGAGAAGACAUGGACCACAUCCCCUGCUGCUUUGAUGUGGCUGAUCUUUAGACCAUCUAGGGCUUUGGACGGAGAUUUGAAUGAUUGCUCAUCUGGAUGGAGCAAGGUGGAAAGCAAGUCCUCCACGCUACUCCGCGCUUGAGCCGAGGAAAGCGAAGCGGAAAUAUUCGGGCAAGUCGGGAAUUCAUCCAGCCCAGCUAACAGACCUGGAUACAAAACACCGACGAUUAAAAUCGUUCACUGAUCGGUGAUGGACAAGAUAAUCACCUCCUUCCGGCCGUCUGACUAACAGGAAUCUCCGAUCAGACCCGGCGCGCCAUUCGAUAACGUUCACCAAGUCAAGUUCCUCGCGUGACUUUUUCUUUUCGGCUUUCAUAGGAAAGACGGUGACCGGUGAUGGACGGGGGACCGGCUCGCACAGGGAGCAUAGGUCUUCGAUAUCGGGGACGGAGUUCUGAAACGCUUGAUCAGCGGAAACAGCUCGUCAGCGGUGACGAAAGUAGAGACCACGCCAGUGUCCUGGUCAGUCUGACUUUGAAUAUACGCUGCGCACCAGCUUCCGAUGGUACAAUUCUCGCAGUCAGGGUCUCGGACUUUACAGACCGUGCUACCGAGUUCAAUAAGCGCCUGAU